AUGUCUCUACCUCCCAUCACCCGUCUGUACUCGACGAAGAAGGGCAUUCACUUGGUGACACGGGGUCGCAAGCUUAACGACGUCAAGACCAUGACCGACCCCAUCCGUGAAAAGUGUCUCGCGGGGCUGUCAGACAGGCUGCCAGACGCACUCGGUUCCAAUUGCUCACAUUGUGGCCAGACGAUCGACCGCGAGGUCCUAGUGUUUCCUGUGUUCAAGAUAGGUCACACAGGAACGGUUUCAGUGAAGUGCCCCUUCUGCCUCAAGGUAUUCUUUCCACCGCAAUCUGGACCGCCGGAGAAGCAGCUACGGAUGAUCGAAGCCCAACGAUAUUACGACAUGGCUCAGGAGCGCAACCCUAAGGAGUACAAUGACACCCCCGACGUCGUCGACAUGCUCAAAUCCCUUCAGCACUUGAUCGCCGCCGAGAUGGCGUUGCGUCCUCGCGAUGACACCCGUUUGAAGCUAACAACGGCGAAGAAGUCCAAGGCCAAGGUCACGGCCAGAGUUCAUCGAGAGGUGCCCUCACGGCGCAAGUCGCCGACGCGCAAACGCACCACCUCAAGGAUUUCUAAGGGCAAAUCCGUUGCGACGCAGCACGAAAGGCUCUCCACCCCACCUCCGGGAGGGAGACCUAGGUCCCCGACGCCUCUAGGUCAACGACAGGGCGACGAAUUGGUCGAUGCGAUGGUGUGGGUAGACAAACAUGAAUCGCCUGUGGAGAUCCCAGUGUACGCGCGCAAUGGGGAGAUAUCCCUUGCACUGAACCACAGGCUCAAGAAGGUUCUGAGCCCUGUACACACCUUCCGUCGUCUUGACAUCAUGAGGCAGGAGUGGCAAGAAAUACCCUCCGAGCCGAUGGCGAUCACCUUGAGCGAUAUUCACAAGUUGUUCCUUCGCUCCACUGACGUGGGAUGCUGCCUGCAAUUCAGCACCUUCUACACCUAUUGGGAACAAGCACGAAGUCAAACGGGCGACGAAGGCCUUCUCAGCUCUCUGGGCGUCGAAAAUUCGACACACCCACGCGUAGCCCUGUUGUGGAACAUGACACAAUGGCGUGCGUUUUGGCCCGGCGAGGACCCCAUCUCCCUCGUCAGGCACCUCGACGAGCCCAUCGUUCUGUUCAAGACCUUCUCCUAUGGAGAAGUACCUGGACUAGGCUCUGCAUUACGUAUCUUGGACCCGUCCUUGAGAGCGAUGACCAAGAUGGUAAUGCAGAACGUCGUCCGCCCGUCAAACGGGGCACUCAAUCAAAGGGUGCCAAUGCUACAGACGUCUUCUGCCAGGACGACGAACGCAACGCCCAUGACCUGGUCCUUGGGUAGAGUGCCCACGGCUUCCGGUAUCCUGCCUUCUCCGUCCAAAGCCACGUCGUCACGUGUUAAGUUGGAGGAUGACAUAAUUGAGCUGUCUGACUGA